ACGGAUUCGUUUGUUUGAUCAAGUCAUCACAGGGAAAACCUCAAUCGAAAAGGUAGAUCACGGGAUAAUGUCCGAGCGGAAAACGCCGGCGGUACAAGCAUUACUCGCUUUUGCCGUCUUGGUCUUGGUGGUUGCCGGCAUCCCAACUUCCGUUGAUGGAGUGAUCCGCCAAGAAGGUUCCGCCAGGGCGUCUCGUUUCGAACCUGGUCCCAUUCUGUACCGGAGGAAGACCUGGGAGCUGCAGCAAACGAGAAGUCUACACCUGCCGAGAGGAGGUAGCGACGAUGAAUUUUCUGACGCAGCCAGCAGCGACGACGAUGACGGCGUCGCACUUGCUUCGAAUGGAAGAACUGUCCUGAAUCUUCCCAAAAAAGUGGCUGUCUUUUUCGGAAAGGUCACCUUGGGAUCGAUUAAAGCACUUGGCCGGGGCCUACAGGCAGCUUUUCAAGGUAGCGACGAAGGGGAAGACGUCGAAUUGGGUAUCGCAACUCAGAUCUUUCGAGGACUCAAGAGGAUGGUGUCGGCUGCCUGGAAUUCUCCUGGUACUGCGAAGGACGAUGCAGAAGACAAAGACGAGGCAGCAGAGAAAGCAAAGAAAUCAUCUCCAAAAGGAGCGAAAUCGGUAGUCGCUAAAACUCGGACUCGCAACUCGGACUUUGGAGAGUUUCUCUCGUCGUCGUACCGAGUUAAUAGCUCUCGAGCCGAGGUGGAGCGGCCGUCUCCAGUAUUGGGCGGCAACAUAGUUGAUGCACUCAAGGCAUCUCGAGCCAACGGUCGCCUGUUAUUAGUAUUGAUUCCCGCUUCAAAACCUGGAGAGCUACAGGCCGAUACCGGAGUGAUUGAGGCCUUCCUUAGUGCCGAAGUAUCCAGCGUCGCGGAAAAGAAGGCCCGUAAGGGCCAAACGACCGGCUCCUUCACGCUUUGGAGUGCCAAGGCAGGAUCUCCUGAAGCUAUCGCCGCAAUUAAACGCUUAAAAGCGCAACCCACAGGCAGCAAAGGUCAAAAGAGACCAAUUCUUGUCGUCGCGUACCUAGCACAGGUCAUUGACAAGCAGGGCAUCUCUAGAAUGGUACCUCGACUCUUGGCCCAACAUCACUGCAGCCCACCUCCCUCAGCCGAAAUGAUGGUAGCAUGGCUCAAUGCCCUUCGUAAGCGACACGCCAAACAGUAUACUAUGAUGCAUACAGAACUGCGAGAACUGGGCUUGCACAAGGAACGUGUUGAGGGCUACAAAGGUAGUGUACAAAGUGAUAUUGGUCGUCAGGAACGGGAGCUUCAAAAAAGAGAAGAGCGUCUUGCUCGAGAGAACGCAGAAAAGAAACGGCAAGCUGCGGUACAGGAACGACGGCAAAUGUUGCUGGAGUCGCUGCCCAAUGAGCCCGGAUCUGAAGUUGCGGAUGCCAAAACUGUCGCGUUACGGUUUUCCGAUGGCCGGUCCGGGCGAAGGCGUUUCGCGUCGAGCGAGGCGCUAGGAACUAUUUUUGACUGGGUUGAUGCCAUGUUCGACUUAGAACGGGAAACGGUGGUACUUACCACCAUGAACGGCCAAAAUUCAUUUACAUACGAUGUCAGCGAAAUGACACUAGCCGAGGCUGGACUCUCCAAAAUGAUCGGGCUUCGUGUGUCCCGAAUCACGUUGGAUUCCAAAGGCGACGAAGAUUGA